AUGUCUAGCAAUGCGAGCUGCGUGGUGCGAAAUGGCACUGGCGAUCCCUGUUGCGUCAGCGUGUUUGCAUCAGGUAUCGCGGAGACACCGGAGGAGUACACGAUACAGCCCGAUGAUGAGAUCUGCGUCACUUUAGACGCUUCCCAACUUUCGUACAUUGCAGCGCGGUACCUGUCGCAGCCAGUGCCUUCCACCCAUCCUUUUCCAGCAGGAACAGGCUCUGCAAUUGUGGAACUUACCGCCUCAUUGACAUCAAGUGCUAGCGUUGGAACAGCUGGGACGGAUGAGAAGCAGAAGCUGACGUUUGUGAAUCAGUGUUCUGUGGACAUUUGGUUCCGGUUGUUUUUCAAAGAUGACUACAAGGACCGCCUGGUUUUUGCCGGUGGGUCUGAGGCCUAUGAGUUUGAUGAUGCGCAUGUGACUUCCUUUGGUGCAAAGUUCCAAUACCCCGCGAAGAAUGGAGUCUCAGACUUUCGAUGGCUUCCCAUCCAUCAAGCUGAUGUUGUCGGCAGCGAAGUGAAUAUCACCUUCCAGCCAACAAUCGCCUUUAACGUCUCGGAGUGCAAGAUGGGGCACGUCAAGCUAGUGCAAGAUAUCUUCAAAAAGUACGACACUUCUGGUGACGGUGUCCUUUCAGAGGCCGAGAUGCUGGCCAUGUUUGAGGCUUUAUCGUUUCCAAGGGAUGAGGCAGAAACGCUGCUUAAAGAUGCAGAUUCCAAUCGGGACGGCAAAGUGCAAGUGCAUGAGUUCAUUUCUUGGCUCAUGACGAAUCCUGGGGUGUUCGAAGGCGAGACAGAAUGA